AUGGCCUCUUCUUCAUCACAGCCUAAUUCCCCUUCUUCAUCGCAGACGACUAUCGCCCCUUCUUCAUCUAUGCCUAGUUCCCCUUCUUCGUCUCAGCCUGUUACUCCUUCAUCUCAGCCUCCUAGCUCUCCUACUUCAACUCAGCCUCGGCCAGUUGUCAAUUCUCCAUCGCAACCUCGCGCCUCCUCUUCAUCUCAGCCUCUGCCUGUUCCCUCUUCUUCAGUUCAGCUUAGUGUCCCUUCUUCACCGCGGCCUGUCGCUCCUUCACUGCAGCGCAUCCCCCUAUCCCCACAGAAUAAGGGAUUNUCAAGCUUACAGUUGACUUUUAAUUCAUGCAAAUUUCUGACCGCAAUUAGGCUCUCUAGUAACCAUCUAGUGGGGCAAAUUUCACCAGAUAUAGUUGCCCUGGAAUCUCUCUCUUACCUCUCACUUUCUAGGAACUUUAUAACAAAUAUCACAGGCGCCAUCAGGAUUUUAAAGGGUUGCCAGAACCUCAGAGUUCUCAUCCUCUCUGUGAAUUUCAUUGAAGAAGCAGUCCCAGAUGAUAACCAAAUAACAUUCUCACAUGGAUUUCAAAAUCUCCAGGUUCUGGCUUUAGGAGGCUGCCAAUUGAGAGGUCAAGUUCCAACCUGGAUAGGUAAACUCAGACGGCUACAGGUUUUAGACCUAUCAGCGAAUCAAAUCACUGGUGAAAUUCCAGGUUUGUUAGAGAAUUUGACAAGUCUGUUCUACAUGGACUUGUCACAAAACCUUAUGUCAGGAAAAAUUCCGAAGAAACUUGGCGAAAUCCCAAUGUUCACAUCGAAAGAAGCUAACGAUCAAGCUAACAAGAUAAAUUUAGAGCUUCCCAUCUUUGUUAUUCCAAUGAUCAAUGCUCUCAAUCUGCAGUAUAACAAAAUCUUGUACCUACCACCAGCCACAUACCUGGCAAACAACAGCUUUAGUGACAGUAUCCCCAUUGAGAUUGGUCAGUUGAAGUUUCUUCACGUGCUUGACCUCAGCCAUAACAAAUUGUCUGGUGAAAUUCCGAACCAAUUGUCUCAACUCACCAACUUGGAGCAAUUGGAUCUCUCUGCAAAUCAGUUAUCUGGAAAAAUCCCUGCUUCAUUCAGUAGUCUCAAUUUCUUGUCUUCAUUCAACGUUGCAGAUAACAAUCUUCAAGGAACAAUACCUGCAGGAGGUCAGUUUCGUACUUUUCCUAGCACCAGCUUCGAAGGCAAUCCAGGAUUGUGUGGUUAUAUUUUAGAGAACUGUUCUAUUCAACCGAAAAUGAAUAGUCCUCCUGAACCAAGGGAAUCCUCAAACAAUGAGCUCGGUUAUGGACUAAUUGCUGGAGGAGUUUUCGGAUUCAUAAUUGGUUUUACAAUUGGGAUAUUAUACCCCCUUCAUAGAUUGAAGUUUCUGCAGUAUUUUAAGGAAUGGCGAAUGACAGGGAGAGGAAGGAACGAUGUAGAACCAACUUGGGAUGACAUGAUUGCUUUGACCUGA